GAGAGGCACAAGGAGGAGGAGGGCUGGGGGUGCAGAGAGAAAGAGAGUGCAAGAACAGGACAAGUCAGAGUGGUCUGAGGAGAGAAAAAAAGAAGGAAGGAGCAGCAGAAAAUGCGGAGGCCUUGCUCUCUGCCAGAAGACGAGGUGGUUCUAGGUAAGGCCCAGAGCAGCAACUCCGUUAAGGAUGAGCGUGAGGAAGAGUAGAGGCAUGGAGAGCUCAGAGACCAUGACGCAGGAACCCGAAUCGAAGCCAGCUUUGUGGGGGGGCACACCGCAAUACGACUAUGUCUGCUUUGAGAAAUGCACCCGUUAUGGGGUACCCCUGGAGGCAGGACGCGAGGCCGGGGGCACAGGGGACGACCCGCGCUACCUGGAGAACUCCCUCAGCUACCCACAGCUUUAUGGCAAAUACACAGAUCAGAUAACUGACAUUUCAGAGAAGGAAGCAGCAAAACUAUUGAAGAAACAGGUCGAAAAGAACAAUGGAAGACCCCUGAAACGUGACAGUCAAGUACAGAUCAAAGAAGAACACUAUUCCAAAUGUCAAGACUGUGCUAAACGCAUGCAGAAAUAUAUUACCAAGAAGCUUGGAGAGGACUGGAUUUUUUUGGUUCUGCUGGGUCUGGUCAUGGCGUUGGUGAGCUGGGGAAUGGAUUAUGCCAGCGCGAAGAGCCUAGAGGCCUACAAGUGGAUGUACAGAAAGCUGCACCCGAAUGUUCCUAUGCAGUAUGUGGUGUGGGUUGCAUACCCACUUGCUCUUAUUCUGUUUGCGGCCAUUGUCUGCCACCUCGUUUCUCCACAGGCUGUUGGGUCUGGGAUCCCAGAGCUCAAGACCAUUAUGAGGGGAGUGGUCCUCAAGGAAUAUCUCACUCUCAAAGCUUUUGUGGCCAAAGUUGUGAGCCUUACAGCUGGUCUUGGAAGUGGCAUGCCUGUGGGGAAAGAGGGUCCUUUUGUUCAUAUUGCCAGCAUCUGUGCUGCAGUACUCAGCAAGUUCAUGUCAAUCUUCUGUGGUGUGUAUGAGCAGCCAUAUUAUUACACAGAUGUCCUGACUGUGGGGUGUGCUGUGGGCGUUGGCUGCUGCUUUGGGACACCACUUGGAGGGGUACUUUUCAGCAUUGAGGUCACUUCCACUUACUUUGCUGUGCGCAAUUAUUGGAGAGGUUUCUUUGCAGCUACCUUUAGUGCCUUCAUUUUCCGAGUUCUUGCAGUUUGGAACAAGGAUGCAGAUACCAUCACAGCCCUGUUCAGAACAAACUUCCGUAUGGAUUUCCCCUUUGAUCUGCAAGAGCUGCCAGCAUUUGCUAUAAUAGGCAUAUGUUCUGGGUUCCUUGGAGCGUUUUUUGUUUAUCUCAAUCGCCAAGUGGUCCUGUGCGUCCGGCGUCACAAGGCUCUGAGCCAGUUUCUCACCAAAUACCGACUCAUAUACCCUGGGGUUAUAACCUUCCUUAUAGCAACUGCGACAUUUCCUCCUGGAUUUGGGCAGUUCAUGGCAGGAGAGUUGAUGCCACGGGAAGCCAUCAGCACUCUCUUUGAUAACUAUACCUGGAUAAAACACACUGGGGACACUCAGAUCCUAGGGAAAUCUGCUGCCUGGAUCCAUCCUAAAGUCAGCAUCUUCAUCAUCAUCCUGCUCUUCUUCCUCGUGAAGUUCUGCAUGUCUGCUGUUUUUACUACGAUGCCAAUCCCCUGUGGAGGUUUUAUGCCUGUUUUCGUAUUAGGUGCUGCAUUUGGACGUCUUAUUGGGGAAAUCAUGGCAGCACUUUUUCCCAACGGGAUCCUCUUUGAUGAUAUUGUUUAUCAAAUCUUACCUGGAGGUUAUGCUGUCAUUGUCUUCUCUCCUUGUUCCUUUUCCACCCUACCUGGGAAAGGUGCAGCAGCUUUGACAGGAGCCGUGAGCCACACUGUCUCCACCGCUGUGAUCUGCUUCGAGCUGACAGGUCAGAUCUCUCACAUCCUCCCUAUGAUGGUGGCUGUCAUUCUUGCCAACAUGGUGGCCCAGAGUUUGCAGCCCAGCCUCUAUGACAGCAUCAUCCAGGUGAAGAAGCUUCCCUACCUGCCAGACCUGGGCUGGAAUCACAUAAGCAAAUACAAUAUCUUUGUGGAGGAUAUUAUGGUCCAAGAUGUGAAAUUUGUCUCCUCCAACUGUAAAUACCGAGACUUGCAAACUGUACUCCAAAGCACCACAGUGAAGACUUUGCCUUUGGUGGACUCACCAGAAACCAUGAUCCUUCUGGGGUCUGUAGAGCGAUCGGAACUGCAAGCUCUCCUCCAGAGACAUAUAAGCCCAGAACGACGACAGCUCCUCAACAGAGAAAUGCAGCAGAAGCUGUCUGAGGCACCUUACGAUGGACACAGCCAGGGACCGUGGGCAAACCUGCCAAAGCUGAAGCAUGACUCUUUUGCUUAUGUUGAUGAGGAUGAGGAUACAGAUGAGAAGGGAGAGCUGACUCAGCCCCCAAGUCCCACUCCCAGUUACCCAGAGGAGCCAAAUGGCCUGACAAGUCCUCUUAAACAAAUGACUGAAACUUUGGAGCCCCAGCAACACUCAGGCAAUUCCAGGCACUUGAGGCAACUGAUCCAGCAGCUUUUGUGCCAUUGCAGCCGUCCACUUGAAACAGAGAGCACUGCCCAGGAGCCGGCGGAAGUUGUUGAGACAAUGACACCAGAAGAGAUAGAUGCUUGGGAACAGGAGGAGCUGAACAAGAACGUGUGCUUUGACAGCUGCCGCAUAGACCCCUGCCCUUUCCAACUGGUGGAGAGAACUUCCCUGCACAAGACGCAUACAUUGUUCUCAUUACUGGGCCUCAGCCAUGCCUAUGUAACCAGUAUGGGGAAGCUGAGGGGAGUGUUGGCUUUGGAAGAGCUCCAGAAGGCAAUAGAAGGUUCCACGCGCUCCGGGGUUCGUCUCCGCCCACCCCUCGCCAGUUUCCGAAAUACCAACCGGACUUCCACCAAAACUGAGAAGGUCAGUCAGGCCACUCAGGCGUGGAGCCGGGAGGACAAUGGCAUGGUGGCAGCACAGCAAGCACCGCCCUUGGGCACAGAGAGCCCACUGCCUCCCUGCCCGGACUCCCCGCAGCCCUCACACUCACAUGACGAGGGGGAAGUCCCGUGCUCCAGUUAUGCCACUGAUACUGAGUUGGAAGAGAUGGAGCUUACAGGGCCAGUUGCUGAAAACAUCUCAGACAUCCUCAAGGACAUAAGCCUACGCACCACUGACCUGGAUGAAGAUGAAGAUGAGGAUGAGGAUGUCCGCUUAUAACUGGUGUGAGGGUAGUAGUCCAUCACACUCUUCAGUGAGCCAGUCUUCUUGUGUUUGCUCCUCAAAGAGAAGCUUUUGGAUGUUCUUUGCAAUCCCCACAGACGUAUGAUUCAGCUGAGAGGAGGGGCAUCAGACCAACCCUUUCUUCUGCUGCAUUGUCUCUGUACAAAGACUGUUGGGCUGUCGGACUAUACGGGUGUGUGCAAGCAUCGGAUGUGGACUGGAAGGUGCCAAAGUACAGCUCAUAAUGCUUAGGCUUCUGCCAUGUCUACAUAACGCAGCAGAAGGGGUUGUAACAGGAUAUGAAUACUGCUGGACACGGUCAGGAUGCUCUGGGUCAAUCUGCCAUGUGGAAAGUGGAAGAAGAGCAGUUCUUCUCAUUUACCAUUGGUGUCAUCCUUCCAGUCACACCUGGCCUGCACGCACCAGUGUAACACAGCCAGGCCCCCACCCUAGAAGCAUAUUGCUGCUUCUGACUGCAAUCCUGUUGCUGCAGCUCCUUUUCACUAGCUCUUAUCUUGCAUCCCCCCCAAACAUUCCCAUGUAGAACAUUUUUAUUCUUUCUCAAUAUUUACUCUGGGAUUUUCCUGGAUGGGGGUGCAGUUAGGAGCUUCUCCUCUGUCCUUUAGCUGAGCCACGCCCUAAAAACAGAUAGAAGGAAAAUAAUUGGUAUAUGUCUCAUGUCUUGAAUCCAGCCAGGGCUUUAGAAAAAACUGGAAGGGAGAAAAGCCUCUUUGUUUUCCCCUAAUCUCUGGAAUUUUUAAACAGAAUGUGAAAAUUUCAAGCAGGGGCAUUCUCAGUGUUGGGGGAAGAGGAGUAAAGCAGCAUAUAUGUACCUAUAUUUCAAAUACCUGUGUUUGUCUCUCUGAAUCACUGUUCACAAUUUUUCCACAGUUAUAGUCUUAAAAUACAAGAACUCAAAAAAAAGAAAAAUAUGGAGUGUUUGCAGGCUGCCAAGAAAUAUAGCAGAGGGAAGCCACAUUUUCUACACUUUGAAAACAGGUUUCUUUCUGAAAACUCCUGCUUUCUUUCCUGCUAAUUCUGCACUGCCUACUUUCCAUAUAUUUCUGCAUACCUCAUAUCUGAGAAUUCCAGCUCUCACUUUUGCCAGCUUCUCUCCGUUGUGACUAACAGCAGAGAUCUCAACCCUUGUCUACAGCAUCCCUCUCUAUUCCAGUUCUAAAUCUGGAGCAGAUCUUGAUCUGCAUCUUGCAAAAAGAUGUCUUGUCAGUUCGUGUCAUGCAUGCAAAAUCUUAGCAUCCAAAGAUAAGAUGCUGGUUUGUUUAACUCACCGCUCUUGUGAGGUUUUCUCAGUAAAUAGGCAAAAUCAAA